AUGGACGCACUAGAUUUGUAUGCUACAGUACUAUUACAGUAUAUUAUACGCUACUGCAGCACGAGGCGCAUUUUACUGUACAACAGUGAUCCGAUUAAUACAGAGGAUGCAGGUCCGGGAAACAGGUCUUCCACGCCGAUCAGUCCCGCGCGCCAAACGAAGCACAAAUGUACACAGCUCCCAACUCCCUCCACCUUCAACUACCCGGCUACACUGCACUGCAGUGUUCGGUGCUCCCAAGCGGUUGAGCCGAGCAGCACGCCGCGCUUCUACGACCGGUUACCGCCACCCAUGACUCCUCUGCCACCGCUCCGCCUCUACCUCCUCCUCGUCCUCCUCCCAGCCUCCGCCGUGCAGGCCGCCAGCCCCAGCGGCUGCGGCGGUGCCGACCGCUGCGGCGACCUCGUUCUCCCCUUCCCGUUCCAUCUCAACUCCUCCUGCAGCAGCGCUGGCACCAACUCCUCCCGCUUCCGCCUCUCCUGCGACGCCAACGCCACUCUCACCCUCCCGCUCGAUUCCGCCAUCUUCCGCGUCCUUGCCUUCCUCCCCUCGGGAUCGCUCCUCCUCGACUACGCCCCCACGUCGCCGUCCCCGUGCGAUGCCGCGUACGCCGCGUUCUCCCGAUCGACGUCCCCGGCUGCUGCGCUCGACGCCGCGCCCUUCCUCGCCGUGACGCCGGCCAAUGUCCUCCGCCUCUACGCCUGCGAUGACUCCUCGCUCUGCCGCGCUGGCUGCGACGAUGUCGCGACGUGUGGCCGCGCGGCUGGCGGCAGCAAGUCCGGGUGCUGCUACCCGCUAUCGGACGGCAGCGUCUGGAAGCCCGGGAACGGGCUGGGCGUGUUCGCUGACUUCGGGUGCCGGGGGUUCUCGAGCUGGGUCAAGAACCGGUCCGCGGCGGCAGGAGCGGCAAGCGGGGUUGUGAGGGGGGUUGAGGUCGAGUGGGCCGUGCCGAGGGGCAGCGCCGUGGCAAAAUGUGCCGAUGGCGCGGCACUCGUGAAUGUCACGGCAGUGCACGACGGCGUGCGGUGCGUGUGCGCGGCGGGGCUCGUCGGGGACGGCUUCGCGCAGGGCACCGGCUGCUCAAAAUCGAAAGGGACAUCCUGCAGCAGUGAUGGACAAGCAAGUGACGGCAUGGAUUGUUGCAAGGGACGGUUUUGCUCCCGGAAGGCAGUUGCUCUUGCCGGAUUUUUUGUUUCUCUGUUCUUCCUCGCGGCGGCCGUCUCGUUUUGGCUGUUCCUAAGACAGCCUUCCAAGGAUAGCCGGUGGGAUCUCGACCCGGCGUGCAUCCCAAAGAUCCUCCGGAGUGUGUGCGACGCGAAGCAGUUCACGUACGAGCAGUUGGAGGAAGCGACAAAGAGGUUCGACAGCGAGAAGGCCGUGGACACUGUCGACGGCGCUGUCCACGCCGGCGUGCUCGAUGACGGCUCCGUGGUCGCCGUGCAGAGGAUCGGCUACGAGACGCAGGGGAAGCUCAGGCUGCUCUUGGACCGGAUCGAGCUCCUCUCCGAGAUCUCGCACCGGAACAUCGCCCGCGUCGUCGGCUUCUGCCUCGACUCCAGUAACGCGCUGCUGCUCGUGCACGAGCACUUCGCCGGCGGCACGCUCGAGGACCACCUGCGCCAGAUGAAGUGCCGCGUCCUCAGCUGGUACCACCGUGUCAACAUCGCCAUAGAGCUCGCCAGCGCGCUCACGUACCUGGAGGCGCACGAGACUGCCCCGACCUUCCUCCACGACCUCAAGUCCAGCGAGAUCUUCCUGGACACUGACUUCACCGCCAAGAUCGCCGGGUACAAGCUCACCAGGCCAGCGACCUAUUACUCCGCAUCAUACGACCAGGACGUCGUGUGCAACUUCGGUCACCUCUUGAUCGAGCUACUGACGGGGCUGAGGCAGCAGAUCCCGUUCGACUCGGUCGCGCCUACGGUGAGGGAAGGGAAGCUCCACAAGGUCAUCGACCCGACGCUCCUGUCGGGGAAGCAGCUCCCGGCCUCGCACGAUGAGGUGAGAAAGGUGUUCGAGCUCGCAGUCCGGUGCCUGUCCAGUGCCGAGAACGAGUUGUGCAUGCUCACCGUCGCUAAGGAGCUGAUGCACAUCCUGAGGGACAACAACGGGAGCAGCAGCAAGAUCGAGAUCUCCCUCGAGGAGACGUUCUCUAGCUCGAGCCUGCUGCAGAUGAUCUCCAUGUCGCCGGACACCCUGCAUCACCAUCUUCCUUGAAGAUAGACGAUGAUGCGAAUAUUCAGAGCAGGA